GCAGGUAGGCCGCAGGCUGUGGGGUGGGGCGCGAGGCCCGAGGGGCGGCCCAGGACUCGAGGUGGGACGCGGGUGUGACAGGAGCCAGCUUUAGCUGCUUGUCGGCGAGCCUCAAACCUGGCGGCCGCGGCAUGGGGCGGACGUAGCCGGGGGCCGCGACCCGGGUUCUUCCUUCGCAGUCGUUCCCUGCCUACCGCGCGCCGCCUCCGGGUGCACUCCAGGAGCAGCCGGGCCGCUGCCCACCCGCCCUGUAGUCCGCUCCCCCCAGGCCGUCCCCGUUUUAAGAAAUGGGGUGAUGGGGCGUCCCUACCCGGCGCCCGCAGGGGCUCCUGGGGAGCGCGCCGGCGGCUCGCUGCUCCCGGGUGGGGCGCGGGGCUGACGCUCGAGGGUGCUGUGGUAACUGCAGGGCAGGAUGUACACGCUGCUGUCGGGCUUGUACAAGUACAUGUUUCAGAAGGACGAGUACUGCAUCCUGAUCCUGGGCCUGGACAAUGCUGGGAAGACGACCUUCCUGGAGCAGUCGAAAACCCGAUUUAACAAGAACUACAAGGGGAUGAGUCUAUCCAAAAUCACCACCACCGUGGGUCUAAACAUCGGCACUGUGGAUGUGGGAAAGGCUCGGCUCAUGUUCUGGGACUUAGGAGGGCAGGAAGAGCUGCAGUCUUUGUGGGACAAGUAUUAUGCGGAGUGUCACGGCGUCAUCUACGUCAUUGACUCCACCGACGAGGAGAGGCUGGCCGAGUCCAAGCAGGCGUUCGAGAAGGUGGUGACCAGCGAGGCGCUCUGCGGUGUCCCCGUCUUGGUGCUGGCCAACAAGCAGGAUGUGGAGACGUGCCUCUCAAUCCCUGACAUCAAGACGGCCUUCAGCGACUGCACCAGCAAGAUCGGCAGGCGGGACUGCCUGACCCAGGCCUGCUCGGCCCUCACAGGCAAAGGGGUGCGCGAGGGCAUCGAGUGGAUGGUGAAGUGUGUCGUGCGGAAUGUGCACCGGCCGCCGCGGCAGAGGGACAUCACGUAGGCGCAGCCGCGCUGCUGUUGGGACGGCUGGUCCCCUGGUGCUGGAGGAGUGGCCUCCUGUUGGCUCCCAUGCUGCUGAUCUGGGGGGUGGGUUUGCUUUGCUUUGGGGGUUUUCUAUUUUCUUUGUUUUCUCGAAGACAAACUUUCCUCUGUCUGGAAAAGCGUAGGCAUCCGGAGGCUUUGGAGGGGAGUCUGGCAGCCCGGCUGGCCCAGGCCCUGCAGCGGCAGCCUUUCCACAGCGCGCAGCGGCGGCCUUUCGAGGCCCUUUCUGGGGGGUCUGAGGGAGGCCUGGUUGGGAAUUGGGGCUCCAGUGCUCAGGCUGGCUUGGGCUGCAUGGGGACAGCCCUGUGGGACCCUCGGGAGACCCUGUGGCUGUCUGUCCGCCCCAUCGAGGAGGAGGCCUGUCAGCGCUGGGGAGACCCCGUGGCUGUCUCCGCCCUAUCAAGGAGGAGGCCUGUCAGCCAUGGCUGCCAUCUGGCUUCUGCCCUGUGACCCCGUGACCCUGGAAGUGGUCUGGGGUUGAUCUUGCCUUGAGGAAGACCCAGGCCAUGUCCCCAAAGGCCAGCGGGGGCCCUGGAUUGUGAUGCAGCCUUGGGACAGGGCUGAGGAGGCCUGUGGGGGAAGACAUAUACCCCACGCCUGGGCCUGGCUUCACCUCAUUUUAAUCCUCCAGGAGGGAGCUGACUGAUGCAAAAAGCUGAGGGGGCCUGCUGGGAGUGGCUGUUUUUAUGCCCCAGCCCUGCAAGUUGGGGAGUGUUUGUGGGGGUCCAGAGCCCUCUCCCAGCCAGGAGAGAACCUCCUGGAGGGGUUCUCUGUGGGGCCCUGUGUCAGUGCUCUGCUGGGCCUGCAUCCCCUGCUGGGGAGUAAGGCUGGUCCUGGGGUCCUCCCUGCACAGCCCCCACUAGGCCUGCAGAGGGCUCUGUUCUUCCUCAGUCUGGCUGUGGGCGGGAGCCGCCUGCCCAGUGCCACCCAGGGUGAGUGCAAAAUAAAGACGGCCAGUGUGGCUCUGUCCA